AUAACAGUAAACUCAAUUUAAAACUUUCCAAUUAAAAAGCUAAAAUUUUGUUGGAAUGCAAUGGAUCGUUAUCAUUCAGUAUCAUACCAUGUUCCGUAUCCUUUUCCGUUUCCUGAUCGUAGAAGAGCCAUCCCGAUCUAGGAUCGAUGGUGUCUUCUAUUCCUUGAUUCCUACCCCGAGGAGGGGAGGGGAGUUCUACGGCCAGUCCACUUCGGGCGCUGGUCGGCGGUACUUCGGGAGGGCCUCAGCUUCGUCAUCUUUAUUGAGCAAAUGAGCUGGAGGCGACGGGGAAUAGGUGGCACCCUCACCUGAGAGCGCUGCUCCAGCCAUCGUCAAUUUCCCGGCUACAGGCAUCAGCAUGGACUGGGUCAUCCGGGACAAUUACACCACGCUAUCCAAUGGCUCUCAACCGGAAGCCAUCAACUCCUUCUACUUUUAUCAGACUGAGCAGCUGAGCCUGUUAUCAUUUCUUCUAGCAGCCAUAGUCCUAGGAAAUGUUUCUGUACUCCUCGCUCUUCUGCUCAGCAAGAGAAGAAAAUCGAGGAUGAAUUUCUUCAUAAUGCACCUUGCCUUUGCUGAUUUGUCUGUUGGUAUCAUCAGUGUUUCAACAGAUAUUAUUUGGAGGAUUACUGUAGCAUGGAAAGCUGGAAAUGUCAUGUGCAAGUCAGUCAGAUUUAUGCAAGCAAUGGUCACAUACUCCUCAACAUAUGUCCUCGUAGCACUCAGUCUAGACCGUCUUGAUGCCAUUACUCGUCCAAUGAACUUCUCCAGGGGCUGGUCAAGGGCUCGGGUCUUAGUCGCGUCUGCUUGGAUACUUAGUGCCAUCUUUUCAUCUCCUAUAUUAGUACUUUAUGAGGAAAAACUAAUCCAAGGGAGCUUACAGUGCUGGAUUGAGCUGGGAUCUGAACUGAAAUGGCAAUUGUACAUGUGUUUGGUUGCGCUAAGCCUGUUUAUUGUACCUGCAUUCAUCAUUGCAGGUUGUUAUACUAUUAUUGUAUACACAAUAUGGAAGAAAAGUGCACAUUUAGCGCCUAACCACCAGGCAAUGCCACUGAAGGAUGGGGACAAACAUGAAGAAAUUGGAGAUCUCAGAAGAGCUAGUUCGAGAGGAAUAAUCCCAAAAGCAAAAAUUAAAACUGUUAAGAUGACUUUUGUGAUUGUGUUUGUGUUCAUCAUCUGCUGGAGCCCAUAUAUCAUCUUUGACCUUUUGCAAGUGUUUGGACAUGUCCCUCGGACCCAGACAAAUAUUGCUGUUGCAACUUUUAUCCAGAGCCUUGCUCCUCUCAACUCAGCUGCCAAUCCAGUUAUAUACUGUCUGUUUUCAACUAGGGCAUGCACAACAUUAGGGAAAUUGCCACCAUUUUCAUGGAUCUGUUGCUGUUUUGUUUCUCGUGGACCUGAAACGAGUAGCAUUAUUGACACAGUUACUUCUACCCUCAGAAGAGCCACGAUGAGGACACAGGAUAAUCUUUAAAUGCUGAUAAAUUGAUUAUGGAUGUUUCAUAAAUUGAAAAAUAAUAUGUACAAUGAAUUUUAUUUAUUUAUUUAUGAAUUCAUUUUAACUAUAAUACCAUGAAUCGAUAGGAUCGUCUUAUUCUUAAAAUGGAAUAUUGAUAUUAUGUACUAAUUCUCUAUCAGAUAGUUUCAAUUGUUCAAACUUGAAGAAAUAAUGGAUUUUCUCUUUCUUUAGUCAAAAUCUAAAGUUUAUAAGCUAUCUAAGGAACCAUGACAAGUAUUUACUGUCUUUUUCUAUUUUUUUUUGGGAGCAAGAGUGACAAAUUGUAAAAAGUACUGAUAGAAUAUUCUUUAAGAAAAACAAAUGCAAAAAUGUGAUUUGUAUCUUUCGUCACAUUGUAAAUAGUAAUUGUGUGUAAAAGAGAUGAUAUACAAAUAUAGAUAAACAAUAAUAACUAUUUAAUUUAUAUGAAAUAAAUAUACAAGACAAUAAUAUGUUUAUUAUAACUGUACAGAUGAUUGUAAUGUCAUAUUUAUAUGCAAUAAUAUAAAUCUCUAAUGAUUACAUAUGUAUAUAUUUUCCUGUUAUAAGUAGUUUUCUUUAUUAGUUUUAUUUCGGUAUUUAUGUUGUGUAAUAUGAAACAUAUUGUAGUGAUGGUUCUUUAUAUAUAAAAAAUAUAGAUCUAAUAAAAGAUUAAACUUCAAUUUCAUUUU